AUGGCCACGUUGGAGAGAAAACAGAUGGUUUUGACAACGUACAUGACGUUUUUGGCUAUGGAGAACGGAAUGAAGUUGGCAACCGCAUCCUUGAGUUUGCUGAAAGUCUCGGAGAAAAAAUGGCCGAAGUUGGAGAACGCAGCUGGCGAACCUGCUAAGAAAUUGCAUAAAUGGUGCGGAAAAAUUUCCCAUCUUCUUCUGUCGUUGAUAGAUAGGGUAAAACAGCUAGAAGCAAAGGACAAACAAAAUUUACUCGAAAUUGUAACAUUGAAGCAUGAUCUUGAGUCAGCGAAGAAAGAAGCAGCUAAGUCCAAUGUUAGUACCCAAUCAUGGGUUGAUGUAGUCACCAGGGGUACAAAAAAUGCUAAAAAGCCAGUAGAACAGCUAAUGGUGGCUAACACCACUAUUAGUGAAUUACAAGAGAGGGAGAAGAGAAAGAAAAACAUCAUUAUCUACGGGGUACCAGAGUCUUCUGCUCCAAAUCCAACAGAUAAAAGAACUGAAGAUGAAGCGAAAAUCAAAGAAAUAAUUCUGAGAAAUCCCGUUCUCCUUGCUGCCAAAAAACUCAGUGACGUUGAAGGAUUCAAAUCUGUCUAUAUAGCUCCAGAUUUGACAGAAGCUGAGAGACAACUGGACUAUAAAUUAAGGCAACAUCGAAACAGUUUGAAUGCAGAACUUGGUGCGGACGUUAUCAAACGACGUUAA